GGGUCUGUUGAGGAUUACGUCCCCCUGUGUGGGGCUUCCAAGCCUUAUUUCGUCACCGCUCGUGGGUGUCGUCGGAACCAGAGCCUGUCUCCAGUCGAUUUUAGAACCCAAUACUCGAAUCCGAACAGUUUGGCUGGAAGUCAUUCUUUCUGCACGGCGACGAAUACGCGCUGCUCUCGGGAAUUAGAAGCAAUCGCCCUCGCGACUUUGCAAAAAAAAAAAAAAAAACGCAGCCUAUUCCCCUGCCCUCAGCGACGGUGUCCCUUCUAUGUCUCGUUGUCACGGAACCAACGCCACUCCCAAAGUGGAAAGCCCGCUGUCGCUUCCUUCUCGUCGCGGAGUUGACAACCACGUCGGCCGCUCUUGCCCCCGAGUCGAAUUGACCGCUGAUCUGUCACACAGUCCUUCUGCUGUGCUUGGCCCGGGACAGCGAAUUCGGGCUGGAGGAAUUCCCAAUUCCCACAACAUAGACCUGAACAUCAACCCAUCUCCUGCCCUCAGACACUCCCACUUUGGCCGUCACCAGAGCCACCUGGAUCUUCAUUCUAAUACCUGUCGCCCUAAAGAAUCCCGUUGUUCUUACUCGGUAUAAUUUUGAUCGCAUUCCUUUGCAGCCCCUACCAGUCUCGCUCCUUGUAGCCCUCCUUGGCAUCCCUCCCGUCCUCUAGUUUCUAGUCGCCUAGCCCUGCUUGGCUUGACUCUGUCUUGGAGCCUCUUCAUUCCACGAUUCAACAGGCAGCUAGCUGCUCGGCUGAACCGGUUCUUAACCACCGCGGCCACCGACAUCGACACGCGCCGCGAGGCACUGCCCCUGAACACACAGGCCCCGACCCGGCCGACUUGCUCUCCAGCAUAGCUCCUUCAGCACAGCCCCUAGUAACAGGUUUACCCGCUCAUAUCACAACGUCCGGUGAGAGCACUAAGAGCAGCUCUGUCGACACCUACCUGCCGACAUCCACAGUUGCUGUGAUAACGCGGCUCGUCGAGGCCGGAAUCGAGCAGAUCGCGCUCAACCCAACCCCUGGGCCUCCCCCUGGAGCGUCUGGCACCGUUAUCACUACUCUUAACACCACGGGUCAAGCCACACAGCCUCGCCUUCUGCCUCCCGUACUAACAACAGGGCCCACCAUGGUCUUCUCGCUCUUCAACAACCAGUCCUUACAACGGCCCGCGAAUCGGGUUGGAUCUAGACCUGAGCCAGAGUCUGAGGCCCCUGAGAGCCAGCCGGACCUUGGAUCACUAUCCAUUGACCCUGAGCCCCAGUUCGGAAAUGCCGGAUCCGAACCUGGGUUCAGCCCUGUGAUGCCAUUCGCUGCUGAACGGGCGGUGUCGUCAAACAUCUUUGCUCAGCCCAUCUCUGGUGGCACGGCGCCACCUGCAUAUUUCAAGCGGCGUCAGGAUCACCCGGUGCCACGAACUGGCAUUGCCUCACCAACACCGCUAGCCACCAACAAGUUCUACGGUAACCUCUACCUUGGAGGUCUCAGGAGCCCGGCCUACCUCCACCCCUAUGCUGUUCACUGGGUCAAGGGAGAAGGGGUUUCUAAAAGCUGGGGCUUGUCGAUCUCGCAUAUCGAUGCCUCACAGAGGGUAUUCGGGCCAAAGGAGCCCAUAACCGGAGCCUCCAAGUUCUUCAUCAACCCCAUUCACAUCGAGUCCAUCAUCCUCUCGGCCGCCAAUCUAGGUUCAACAACAGCCUUGACAAUUGCAGAGAUGACGGCAUUCAGCGCCAUGGCAGAGCUGCGGUCUAACAGCCGGGCGCUGCCCUCGGUUCGGAUCCCUUUGGUUCAGGGCUCUGCCUUCAUCACCGGAAUCUACCAAGGCGCUACACCCGUGAUAGGCACUGGCGUACAUUUCAGGACCAUUACUCGUGCUCUGACGGCGCCAAAGCCUGGGGUUGUCAAGUUCAAGAUAAUUCUCGAGAACGGUGUCACGUGGCUGUUGUACGCCAGAAACACGGCCGGCUCUCCCCUGGAUCUCCAGAUUCGCAACGGCGAGAUGGCGGUAUCGAGGAACGCCUUCCACGGCACGAUCCAGAUCGCCAAAGACCCCGGCCGCAGGGAGGCCAUCUACGACCAAGCCUGCGGUGCCUAUGCCACCUCGACCGAGUUGUCCGGCACAGUCAAGGACACGAUAGGGUCAUAUACGCUCAAGUUCAAGAAACAGGGCUUGACCUCGUCGCCACUGCUCAUGUUCGCAUUGCCGCACAUGGUGGAUUCAUUCAGCAGCGCGACGGCAAAGGGCGUCACUUCGCUACGACUUCAAACCACAACAAAGGGGGUCGGGACGGGCGUGCUGGGGGACUCAUGGACCAUGGAGGAGAAGAGCCUGCCCACUAACAUGGGCUUCCUCCCGUGGCUUCCAGGAAAGGGCGCUCUCGCUAUCUCUUCUAAGGCCAAGGCAGCGAUUCUCCCUGUCGCUCGAAGUGAGAUCGCCCAGGACAUGUCGGCACAGUCAAACCUCGACUCCAUGUACUUCAGCGGGAAGGCACUCGCCAAGUUCGCCACGAUCGUGGUCGCCGUCAACGACAUGCUGGGUGACAAACAGCUUGCUCAGACCGGACUUAAGAAGCUCAAGGACGCGUACGCGCGGUUUGCCGAGAACAGGCAGAAAUUUCCUCUCUUCUACGAGUCGGCAUGGGGCGGCGUGGUUUCGUCCGCCUCGUACGUGACGGGAAACGCGGGUAUGGACUUUGGCAACACGUACUACAACGACCACCACUUCCACUACGGCUACUUUGUGUAUACGGCGGCCGUCAUCGCCAAGCUUGACAGCGCAUGGGGCGCUAAGAACCGUGACUUCGUCAACACGCUAGUGCGUGACUACGCGAACCCGAGCUCCAGAGAUAAGUUCUUCCCGGUCUAUCGCAACUUUGACUGGUUCCACGGCCAUAGCUGGGCCCACGGUCUUUACGAUACACUGGACGGAAACGACCAGGAAUCCAGCUCCGAGGAUGCCAUGUCUGCAUACGCCAUCAAGAUGUGGGGAUCUGCCAUCGGGGACCGUAACAUGGAGGCGAGAGGCAACCUACAGCUUGCGACUCUUGCGCGGUCCUUGAAGUACUACUACCUGUACACGAACGACAACAAGGUGCAGCCGGCAAAUUUCAUCGGCAACAAGGUGGCGGGGAUCCUGUUUGAGAACAAGAUCGACCACACGACCUUCUUUGGGAACAACAUCGAGUACAUACAGGGCAUCCACAUGAUCCCCCUGCUCCCGUUCUCGCCGCUCUGCCGAAGCACUAAGUUUGUGGACGAGGAGUGGAAGGCGUACUUUAGCAAAGGACGCAUCGACUCGGUGCCUGGUGGUUGGAGGGGCAUCUUGAUUGGUAAUCUGGCCCAAAUCGAUGCUAAGAGGGCAUUUGGCUUCUUUUCCGCCAACAGCUUCGACGCUACGCAUCUCGACGGCGGUGCGUCGAGGACAUGGUACAUGGCGUACUCUGCCGCUCUUGGUGGGUUGUAAACUUUUGGGGAAAGCGUUCGGACUGUGGCGCAGUCCCCGGGAUCUGACCUGGAUUGACGGGAUGAAGAAUUGGUUGAGAGAUGACAUUGCCCGGGUAGUGGGUGAGACACUUUUUUUUCACUCCUAAUGUAUGACACGCGCGGGAUAGAUAGCAAGGAGGCAGUGUCAAGACGACCUAGACGAACAACUCAUGAUGCAUGCGCGUGGGGGUAAUACAAUCUCUCCCGCCUCGGGUGCGGGAAAUAGAUGAGGACGAGGCGGCGGCCUCUCGGGCCGGUGAGGAAGUUACUGUGUAAUUCAUUUCACCCGGGCGGCGGCGCUUUGUCGUCGGCCGUGACUCCCCCCCUGAGACAGCUCACUCUGAUAGUCCGACCCCCUGAGAAACGCCCCAGUUCUUGGAACCUGAACCAGCCGAUCAGAAGAAACGCACACAGCCCGGCUCGGGUGGACAGAGACGGCGUCGGAAGAGGGAAAAGCGGGCGGGGAGGGAUGAUCCAAAGGUAAUCAGGUCGAAUGUCGGCGAGGAUGGAGACAGACCAUCGGUUGAGCCAAUGCCUAGCACAACACCGAUGCGGUAUCGCGCUAUGACAGUGGAGUUGGCAUGCAGGGGGUGUUGAUUUGGGGGUCUCUUGCACGCGAGUCGAGUGGCGAUGGUGGUGGUUGUUAUCGGGUCGGGGGGGCAACCAAGGUUUUUUCUUCCUCUCUGCUUGUUGCCAAGACAGACGGGCGCAACGCACCGUUUGCUUGUCCGUCCGUCUCAGCGGGGAGCCUUUUCGAGUUGAGCGAGAGAGUCCGCCCGGGCGGGUUGCAGGAAGAGAAGAAGAAAAGUCCACGGGUGCCCACAAGAUCAGGACCGGUUGCGCAUCAUCACGUUUUGUUUCCUUGGUGGCCGAUCUUGGGGCGAGCACUGCCACCCUAUUUUCUAGGGCUCCCGGGUAGAUCUCGCUUCGUCCGUCCCCUUUUCCCUUGAUCUCCAUCUUUCUAUUUCAUCAGUGGCGCGCGCGAGCGCGAGUUUCAAGAUGCGCCACUCUCUCUCUCCCUUUUGCGCUAGGGUUUGUUGGUGGCGCUAGGGAGAUUGGUUUCAUCGUAUGAGGCAAGGAAGAAAAACAGAAAAAAAAAAAAGAAUCAUGGCAAAAGCGCCGCAACCUCUUUACUCUCUCCCGCUGCGGAAACAAGUUUCAAGGGGAGCUCGGAGGUUGGGUGGGGCACGUGGGUACCUUGGACAGGGGUAGCAACAGUGCACCAUCAACCUAAAAGAUCCCUGUCAGUG